GUCCGUCAGCCAUUUUUCGACAUUAGGGUAAAGUAGCGAGCGUCACCGUAAAAUAGAUCACUAAUUUAUCCAUACGAAAUGAAAACAUACAGUCGAAAAAAGCUAGACGACAAUCAGGAAGACAUUGUCGACCUGAAUGAGCUUUGUCGCCUUUGCAUGGGCAAAGAGGACGAUCUCAUUUCAAUUUUCAACAAUGGAGAACAAAUGCCACUCACCCUGCGAAUUAUGGCAUGUGUUGCGCUCGAGGUGGUCGAGGGAGAUGGUUUGCCGGAUAAAAUAUGUCACCCGUGCAAGUUUCAACUGGAAAAAUCAUACGCGUUUCGAAAAAAAUGCGAAACCUCCGACCUGAAAUUGCGUCAACACUUGCUUGAGAUCCAGGAAUACAACAAGGAUAUGGAGAAUGAAGCAGCUCGAGAGGAAGAGGAAUCUAGAGAAGCUUUAGAAAUUACUGGGGAACAAGAGCAUAUUAUGGAGACGAAUGAGCAAAACACAGAAGCUGAGAUAGUGCAGAGCACCAUUGUUAAAUACAUUGAAGCCGACAAUGAACCUGAAGCCGAUCCUGAGAAUAUCACACUGCCAAGUGAGGUUGACAAAGAAGCUUGCACUUUAAAGAAUUCAGAGCUGAAGACUGAAGUGAUCGAAUCUGAGGAUGGAGAAAAUAUUUUUAUUGUUGAAAAUUCUGAUCCUAACAUGGAUGUUAUUGCUGAUGCUGUCAAAGCAACCCUUGCUAAUCAACCAGGCAUUAAUUUGAAUGGGCCCAUCCAGUUGAAGGUAAACCAAUCUGUAGGCAAGUCUACUCAGGUUGAAGUGACUACUGAAGAUGGGUCUGUGAUUGUUAUGGAACUAAUGACUGAAGAGGAUGCAGAAAUGCCUCAAGUAGAGCAGCCAACAGAAUCAAUUGCAAGUGUUUCAGAGGAACCUGUCAAUGACGAUGGAGAAUUAAAAAUAUUCCGCUGUCCUGACUGUCCAAAAUCAUUUGCCAGAAGGAUACAAUUAAGACGCCAUGCAUCAGUUCACAUGCAGCAGCGAGGCUUUAGCUGCGGCAUUUGUGAGAAAUGGUUCCCGACCCGUUCAGCUCUCAUUCGCCACGAGCGUAUUCAUACGGGUGAACGCCCAUUCCAAUGCGAGGUAUGCCAAAAGAGCUUCGCCCAAAAAGAGAUCUUGUUCCGCCACCUAAUGACACACACUGGGCAGAAGCCGUACAGUUGUCCGCACUGCCCACGGGGUUUCUCACAAAAAGAACCACUUAGAGUUCAUCUUAGGACACAUAUGAACAAUCCAGCUGACAUUCAGUUGCAUUAUUGUUCACUAUGUCCGAAGGUGUUUUGCCACGCCUCGGGAUUGAGCCGGCAUUUACUGACGCACACAGGCAAGACGUUCAAAUGCAGGGACUGUGAUAAAACGUUCACGGAUAAGUCGUCCUUGAGGAGACAUCACUUGCAGACGCUUCACCAGGCAUGAGAUGAGAAACUCGGAUAGAUUUAGUGCGGUAGAUUAAGAGAAGAAAUAGUUUCCUUUUUAUUUGUACGUUUACCAAAUAUUCUGAUUAUAUUUUUACUAUUUGUGAAAUAUGUGUUAAAUAUUUAAUCCAUUUGACUAACAAUAUUGUUUUGUAACACAUAGUUAGGCAUAUUCUAACGUCGCAAAAAGUGCUAUGAACACCUGGAUAUAUUUUCAAAAUUUUUUGUAAAUUUCUAUAUAUAAUAUAGAUUAGAGUAUUCAUGUAAAACAAUUGUUUUGAAAAAUUUAGGCGAAAAGCAAACAGUAUUUAAUUAGGUUUUACUGAAAGAAACGAGCAUAGUUCUUUAAAAAUUUUGUAAAUUGCGAAAAUAAAGAUUAUUUCACAAAAUA